AUGGCCAGUGAGACCAGCAGUACCACCACGAUGACCACUUUUUCCGCCCCGAUCCCCGCUACCAGAUCGCUGCCAACCAACCAGUCGGCACUAGCGGCCUCAUUCACCAGCUUCCUUACCGUGUCGGUCCAUCAAAUACUCUUCCUCCGCUCCGUCUACCCGCGCGCGACAUUCCUCCCCGUCCGGGCAUACAAUUACCCUGUCCGACAAUCUCGUCACCCGAAAGUGUGUGACUAUAUCAAUGAAGUAUCCAUCGCAGUCGGGACAGAAAUCUUAAAAGGCACAAUUACCGCAGUCAGUAUUAUCAUAUCAUCUCUCCGCACAAAUCAACCCCUCGAACGAUACGCCUUUGAUCUAUCGGGCUUCCCAAGGGCCCCCGCUGGAGAGGUGAACACCACAUUCGAAGACCGAGAUGAAGAUGCAUCCGGAGCCGGCGUCUCCGACCGCGGCCCCGCUCCAACCUCCGUUGACCUUGAGUCACAAUUCCGGGCCUGCUUGGCUCGCCUCGCAUCUGCCUGUGCGCGCCUCACUCCUCUACCGCGAGAUGACGAAUUCAGCUUUACGGUUUGUAUUGAGGUGAGAGAGGACGCCUUACCUCCUGCAGGCACCACCAAAGAAGAACAAACGUGGAUCGUCGCGGAUCCUGGCAAGGUACAUCUGCGAUCAUGUACCGCCCCUUCUCUGUCUCCAAAGUACGCAACGGCGAACAUCAACAGCCGCCUCUCGGGCCUCGAAUGGCCGCGCCAAAACAGUACCAGUACGGCGCGUCGAGGCUGGAGAACUACGUUUGGAGUUGUGGGUGGAGGAAGCACGGCAGAAGUUUAA